UGCCGGGCCAUCAGGAGUGCCGGAGCAUUGGAUACCGGACCAAUGGAGUUUUACUGUACUAUGUGUUAACUCGUCACAGCCACUCCCGCUCCCAUCGGAGGUCACCGUUCUCCUGUCACUCAGUCCGCCUUCUCAUCAUGAUGAGUCAAGGCCGCGAACACCAGCUCAUGUACCACCCCCUCCAAGAAGUCCGGAUCUGCAGCAAGACCAUUCGCACCCUGAGGAGGGACAGAUUUCGGAUGCAGAAACAGACAUGUCUGCGAAUGUGCGCUCUUCAUCUCGCCACCUGAUGACCUCAAGGAAUUCCAGGACCUUUUUAAGCAGGUGGCACAAGACCAGGAGGUUCAGCUGUCUGAACCACAGGUGAAGCAGCAUAAGCUACCAAAAAAUCUGCAUCCCCAGCAACGAUGCAAGAUCACACUCCCAAUCGAUGAGGCAAUUUUGGAUGUGGCGCUCAAGAUCUAGCAGACUCCCACAACGAUCCCGCCUACUAGCAAAAGAGCAGACGAGGUAUUUUGUCCCAUCUAAAGACAUGGAUUUUCUCUUCAAUCAUCCUCAGCCCAACUCCUUAAUAGUGGAUGCAGUCCACCAUAAGAACAAGGCCUCUCAGUUCAGAAUCUUGCUCCCAAAUAAGGACACAAAAAAGCUUGACUUGUUUGGACGCAAGAUUUAUUCACCAUCGACCCUAAUGCUCAGGAUCGCAAAUUACGCUGCCCUUCUCUCGAACCACAAUUUCGAUAAUUAUGCCAAAUUACCGGAGCUGAUGCAGCACCUUCCCGAGACUAAGAGACCACUGCUGAAGGCAAUUGUCCAAGAGGGAUAUUCUGCAUGUAGGACAUCGCUCCAAAUCGCCCUCGAUGUCACAGAUACGGCAAUUUGGGCCAUGGCAACGGGUAUCGCCACGCGCAGAGCCUCUUGGUUGAUGGCAGCAGGAGCACCUAAGGAGCUCCAAAACAAAGUUGAAGAUCUCCCAUUUGUUCGUAAGAAAUUGUUUGCUACUUCAACUGACAACGUCCUACAUUCCGAUAAGGACUCACGCACCACUCUGCGGACGCUGGGGAUGUAUUUACCCUCCUCCCCUUUAAGCGUAGGCGCUACUAUCCAUUCCAAAGGAGAUAUGACUAUCCAUUCCAGAAACGUCAGCAGCGUGCUCCUGACCAAUCUCGAUUCUGACAGCGUCCGCAGCGCAAGCGCCAGCAGUCCAAUCAUGCGCCAGCCCGGGCGAACGCCAAACAGCAAAUUUAACUCGUGUGUCGAGGACAAGAACACAUCUUCAGUGCUCACGGUAGAAGAACCCACCACCACCCUUCUCUUCCACCACCGCAUCAAGCCAUAUUAUCACCAGUGGCGCGACAUCACCUCGGACCACUGGGUCUUGGAAGUAAUAAAUUCAGGUCUCACGAUACCUUUCGUCUCCAUACCUCCCACUACUCCACCCACCCCGUCCCUCUUCAGAGACCCAUCACAUAAGACUCAGCUCCAGCAAGAGAUACUGGGGUGCACUUGAGGAACUGGAGGGAGCCAGACCAUGAAAGACAUCAAAAGACACAUGCGGUCCAACUGACUGCUGCUCAUGAAAACUCAGAUUUGCAGCACCGGAACGACCCAACACCAACAGUGGAGCACCCAUGGAGACACACUUCUCGAAGAACUGUCGUUACUGCACCAAGGUAACUUCCUCUUCGUAUGGCAUUUUUGUAGCCAGCAUUGCAAGGUAUUUACAUGACAGAUAUGCUAAACUUUCAUAUGUCCCCUUCGGCCCCCAUUCCAGAGAACAUGGUUCCAUGCUGAUGAUGCGCAUUAAAAAAUACAAAGUGUUAAUUAAAUUUGUGACUGUAUGCCUCCUGCUCUGUUUUACCUGUAUUCUGUCUCAAAGAAAACUUCAGCACUUUACCCCAGGUUUAAGAUUCAUAGACUUUAAGGUCAGAAGGGACCAUUAUGAUCAUC